GAAGGAUUUUUUAACAAAAAUACACACAAAAUAAUAAAAAUAAAAUAUAUUUCUACCCGGCAUAAGUAGACGUAUCGAUGUGUCCGUGAGAAUUUCCGGAGUGUUGAGAAAAAGUUAAAACAAAAUAAAAUAAUAAUAAUUUUUGGCGUACAUUUUUGGACAUAAAAGCAAGUUUUUAAAUUCAAAAAAAAAGUUUUAAAAAAAUGGCAUCGAACGCUGAUCAAUUUGCUGAUCUUGAGUUAUCGAAAGAGGACCGCGAGCAGAUUUUUGAGGAUCCACAUGAAGGCGCUCAGUCACAUACACCACAAAAUGGUUCCAGUUCAACGACAAAAGUUGUUAUAAGCGGAAUUCCGCACCAUGCAAAUUUUAGUGAUGUUGAGCCAUUAUUGAAGCAGUAUGGCAAUGUCGAAGAAUGCGAUGCGGUAGCGAGUAAAGAUCCAAAAACGCAAACCGUUCACAUCACUUUUGAGUCAUAUGAGCAGGCGCAAAGAGCUGCAAAUGGCCUAAAUGGUGCUGAUUUUGAGGGCAGCAAACUCUCAACAGAGCUUCUGUUUGAAAAUAAAUCGCAAUCGAGUGGUGGGCAAUCGCUUCAGAAAAAGAAUCUAAAAGGUCGCUCAACAUUUGGUGCUGCUAGUGGACCAGGACGUCAAACUGAUUUCCCACUUCGAGUACUUGUUGCUAGCGAUAUGGUUGGUGCUAUUAUUGGACGUCAAGGUAGCACAAUAAGGCAGAUUACUCAACAGUCACGUGCUCGUGUUGAUGUUCAUAGAAAGGAUAAUGUUGGGUCAUUGGAGAAGGCAAUUACGAUUUAUGGAAAUCCAGAAAAUUGUACAAUGGCAUGCAAAAAGAUCCUUGAGGUUAUGCAACAGGAAGCUAACAACACCAAGAAGGGUGAAAUUUGCCUAAAAAUUCUCGCUCACAAUAACCUAAUCGGCCGUAUUAUUGGAAAAUCGGGUAACACUAUCAAGCGUAUUAUGCAAGAUACAGACACAAAGAUUACUGUUAGUUCCAUAAAUGACAUUAACAGUUUCAAUCUCGAACGCAUAAUUACGAUUAAGGGAUCAAUUGAGAAUAUGUCACGUGGUGAGGCACAAAUCAGUUCAAAACUUCGACAAAGCUAUGAGAAUGAUUUGCAAGCUUUAGCACCACAAAGUAUUAUGUUCCCUGGACUUCAUCCAAUGGCAAUGAUGUCAACGGCAGGAAAUGGUCUCGGAUUUCCAGGACGCCCAAAUAAUGUUUUCCCAUCAACAACAAGCUAUCCUCCAAUGUAUCAGGCAACUGGCAUGACUGCCGUACCCGGUGCUGCUGAUGUACAAGAAACUACUUACCUCUACAUACCAAAUAAUGCAGUUGGAGCUAUUAUCGGUACAAAGGGCUCUCACAUCAGAAAUAUUAUUAGAUUUAGUGGUGCAAACGUUAAGAUUGCUCCAUUGGAAGCUGACAAGCCAGCUGAACAGCAGACAGAGAGAAAGGUUACAAUUGUUGGAACACCAGAAGCUCAGUGGAAGGCUCAGUAUCUAAUUUAUGAAAAAAUGCGUGAAGAAGGUUUUGUUAGUGGAACUGAUGAUGUACGGUUGACAGUUGAGAUCCUUGUACCUAGUUCACAGGUCGGCCGCAUUAUCGGAAAAGGAGGUCAAAAUGUGCGAGAAUUGCAACGCGUGACGGGAAGCAUUAUUAAAUUACCAGAACACGCGACCGCUUCCACCCCAACAGUCGAUGAAGAGACUACUGUACAUAUAAUUGGUCCAUUCUUCAGCGUUCAAUCAGCUCAACGUCGUAUCCGCACGAUGAUUACCAUAACAAAUCCUCCACCAGCCUCAGGACGUGCAAAGGCAUCAUCAGGUCAACAGACGCCGCAACAACAACCUGCUCCAUCAACACCACAAUCAAAGUCACAGAAUCAAUCGAAUGCAUCUUAAAUAUCUUCAAUAAAAAAUCAACAACAACAAGAAAUAUCCACAGCCAAUUUUUCUCAGCCAAAAUAAAUCGUCGAACAAAGAAAAGCA